GGCGGCUAAGGGGCAACCUCGGGUCCUUGCUUCGGAGGACCCCGCGAGCGGAAGGAGGAAGGGCCAUGGCCGGCGACGGGGCCUGGGCCGGCUUCUCGCAGGAGGAGCUGCGGCGGCUGCGGGGCCUGCGCCCGGAUUCAUUGGAACCAUCGGAGCAGCAGCGUCGUCCCCAGCCUGCAAAUAAGAACCGGAAGCAAUUGCAACGAGAAAAAGCCCUCCAGCAGCAAUGUCAGAAGCUGGGGCUGCAGGGUGGAGCAGUCUCUGUGCCUCCCGAGCAGCUGCUGUCUGUGCCGAAACAUCAGCCUGGUCAUCCUCAGCAGCCUGCGUCACCACCUCACUGUCCUUCAGUGGGGGAUCAAAAACAACGUGACGGCAGAGAGCAGCAGAAGGAAGUGACACCGGCAGAUCCCUGCAAUGGCAGUGACAGUGCCCAGAACCUCCCAGCAAAGCCGAACACCAAAGUGGAGAAAAAGAAAGUGGAAUUGCAGGAAAAAUCGCGAUGGGAAAUCCUCCAACAAGAGCAGCGGCUGAUAGAAGAGAAGAAUAAACGCAAGAAGGCACUCCUGGCCAAAGCUAUUGCUGAGAGAUCCAAAAGAACUCAAGCUGAAACAGUGAAGCUAAAAAGGAUUCAGAAGGAGUUACAAGCUCUGGAUGACAUGGUAUCUGCUGACAUCGGCAUCCUGCGGAACCGCAUUGAUCAAGCCAGCUUAGACUACUCCUAUGCCCGGAAGCGGUACGAUAAGGCUGAGUCGGAGUACGUGGCAGCCAAGCUGGACCUCCAACACAAGACAGAGAUUAAGGAGCACCUCACAGAGCACCUGUGCACAAUCAUACAGCAGAAUGAACUCCGCAAGGCCAGGAAGCUGGAGGAGUUAAUGCAGCAGCUGGAAGUGGAGGCAGAUGAGGAAAAUCUGGAACUUGAGAUAGAGGUGGAGCGGAUGCUGCAGCAGCAGGAGGCAGAAGCAGGGAGACAAGUCAGCCAGUCGCACAGUCAUGCUGGGCUGGCUAAGGAAAACCCCACUCCCAGUGUUACAGCAAAGGAGAGCGAGCAUGCUAACCGUGGUGUUGCUUCUCCUGCUAUCUCUGAACAAUUGGAGUCUGAAAACUCUGCUACCAAAUCCCUCUCCAAUAUGGACAGCCAGCCUCAAGCAGUAAAUGUGACUCCAGGAGGCUCCCCAGCUUGCUUUGAUACAUGACUACUGCGUUCAGACAAGCCAUCCGGUUAUGGAUUAAAUACUCUCUGCGGGCUUGUGGGCUGUAUGUUAUAUCUCUGGGCUUCUGCAGUGCCAGUAAUAUGCACUUCAUCUCUCUUUUCCUUUAAUUUUGUUUCAAAUUUUACAGGCUCUUUUGGUUUUCUUUUGCAGAACCCUUUUUUGGGGUUCACCAUCUGUCCUUGUCAUUCUGAUUUUUUAGCUUCAUUUCUAAUACCCUCUUCAUAGGGCUUUGUACCUUCUUGAAUCAGGAUACUCAAAGGUGAAGAGUAGGGUAUUUCUAAAGGCUUUUCUGUGUAUUGAUAUCACAGAUAACCUGUUCCAAACAGCGUGCAAGAGAUGCGUAUCUACAGGAGAAAACAUUGCAACUUACUCACUUAUGCUGCUUUUAAACACACUUUUCUCCUGACAGAUGCAAUAGGAUGUUUAUCUUCCUUUGUAUGCAUAAAGCAUUAGUUUUCAACGGUUUUUAAGCCUGUCAAACCCAAGCACAUGCUUGAAAUAUCUUCAUAGCUGAUACUCUUUCCUGUACCUGAUUGAAAGGAAAUUCACAUAUUGAGGCAAAUUGCGAAGUUAAUUGUAAUAUUUCCUAUUUAUCACUUUGCCUGUUUCUUUCAGAUAAUGCUAGAUCACACAAAGCUACAUGUUCGUAACAAAUUGUCUAUGAACUCACCGCAGCUAUGGUUUAAAUAAGACGGUGGGCGACAGUUUAAGACAUGGCAGAAUCUACAAUGUAGAAUUAGAAACACAGAAGAGAGAGUGUUAUGAUUAAAGCUCUUUCUUUAUAAAUGUUUUUCUUUAUUGUUGUUGCCUCAAAAUACCAGUAAUCAGCAGGGACCGUGUAAUGAAUAAUUCCAACAUUAUAUUGGAAUUGAGCCUGUUGUCAUGUAAUGAUCAAUGCAUUCUCUUGCCUGAAGAGUGGGUUUGUACCCCACAAGAAGUUCAGCUAUUUGCCUGUUGUUGUUGAAAGGCUUUAAAAAGCUAUUCCAGGUGGAGAAAGUCUCAGGAAUUCAAAUAGAGGACAUGAAAAGCUCCCAUAGACUGAUGCAGCUGCAAACCUUGGGGACAGCAUUCAUAGCUCUCCACUUUGUAACAGAGGAAGGCUGCUUUCCUUGUGGAAACGUUUUCUGUAAUACCUGAGCUGAACGUGUCAGAAUUUAUGAAUGAGUUGCUGAGUGACGCCAUCAAGUAUAUAAACAGGACACCGAUUGUCUCUGUGGCUCUAAUAGUGGAAAAAACGUGUCACUACAUUUUUAUUCUAUUAAUAAAUCGGUGCAUCUUC